CGGGACAGAGCGAUCAUUCACUCUGUCUCUGGCAAACAUGAGGCUCUUGGUCUGCUUUCUUUCUCUGCUCACUGUGUUUCGCACUGGACAAUGUGGGAAUGUUUUAGUCUGGUUUACUGAGGGAAGUCACUGGAUCAAUCUGAAGAUCGUGUUGGAAACGUUGAUUGACAGAGGGCACAGUGUCACAGUGCUGGUGCCGGGUGCCUCUCUCUUCAUGCAUGCCAAAGAAUCAGAUCGCUUUUCCUACCAGCACUUCAAUGUGUCUAUGUCUACACAGGACAUAGAGGACUCCUUUGAGGAUUUUUUACACUUCUCAAUGUAUGAGAUGGAACAGUUAAAUCUAUUGCAAAUUUAUAUCAAAUACUACCAGCUUUUCUCCAAAGACCUAGAUAUGUGUUUUACAUACUGUGAUGGUACUCUGAAGUCUCCAGAGUUGAUGGACAAAUUGCAGCGUGGGAAGUUUGAUGUCAUGCUGUCAGAUCCGAUCUAUCCAUGCAGUGAGGCAUUAGCUGAAAAGCUGAACAUUUCCUUAGUAUUUACAUUACGGUUCUCUAUCGCUAACACUUUUGAGCGGAUGUGUGGUCAGAUACCAGCUCCUCCAUCAUUUGUUCCUGGAGCCAUGAGCAAACUAACGGACAAGAUGAGCUUCACAGAGCGAAUCAUCAAUAUGCUCUUCUACCUUUCUCAAGACGCUAUGGCCAUUAGUCUGUGGAAAAAAAUCGAUAACUAUUACACUGAAUAUUUUGAUGGCAGUCACUGGAUCAAUCUGAAGAUUGUGUUAGAAACAUUGAUUGACAGGGGGCAUGAUGUCACUGUGCUGGUGCCGGACGGUGCUCUCUUCAUGAAAGCCAAAGAAUCAGAUCGCUUCUCCUACCAGCACUUCAAUGUGACUGCUACUGCACAGGACAUGCAAAACUUUCUUGAUGAAUUUCUUCAUUUCUCAGUGUACGAGACUGAUCAGUUAAACUUAUUACAGAUUCAAAUGAAAUUCUUCGAACUUGCUUCCAAACAUCAGGAAAUAUCCUUGUCGUACUGUGACGGUAUUCUCAAAUCUCCAGAGUUGAUAGACAAACUGCGGAAGGAAAAGUUUGACGUUCUUCUGUCAGAUCCGAUGUAUCCGUGCAGCGAUAUUGUGGCUGAAGUCCUAAAUCUUCCCUUGGUUUAUACUUUCCGAUUCUCCAUAGCUCAUGUUCUAGAGCGGAUGUGUGGUCAGAUACCAGCUCCUCCAUCAUUUGUUCCUGGAGCCAUGAGCAAACUCACGGAUAAGAUGAGCUUCACAGAGCGAAUCAUCAAUAUGCUCUUCUACCUGGCUUUAGAUCCUUUUUCCACUAUUGCAUGGAAAAAGUUUGACAACUACUACACUGAAUAUUUAGGACGGCCCACUUCAUAUUGUGAGAUGAUGGGUAAAGCUGAUAUCUGGUUAAUCAGAACCUACUGGGAUUUUGAGUUUCCUCGGCCAUUCGUGCCCAACUUCAAAUAUGUUGGAGGCCUUCACUGCACCCCUGCCAAACCAUUACCAGAGGACAUGGAGGAGUUUGUACAGAGCUCAGGGGAUGAUGGGAUUGUGGUCUUCACUCUGGGGUCUAUGAUAGACAAAAUGCCCAAAGAGACGAGCAAUAAGAUCGCCUCCGCACUGGCACAGAUUCCACAGAGGGUCUUGUGGAGAUAUAAUGGAGAGAAGCCAGAUACUCUUGGUGAUAACACCAGAAUCUAUAAGUGGAUGCCUCAGAAUGAUUUAUUGGGUCACCCCAAAACCAGAGCGUUCAUCACUCAUGGAGGCACUAACGGCGUAUAUGAGGCCAUAUAUCAUGGAGUUCCAAUGGUCGGGAUCCCCUUGUUUGGUGACCAGACUGAUAAUUUGGUUCAUGUGAAGGCCAGAGGGGCUGCUGUUAUCAUGGACAACAUCAAGACCACCCAGCCACAAGAUCUGGUGGAUGGACUCAAUGCCGUCAUUAAAAACUCUUCCUAUAAAGAGAACGCCAUGCGUUUGUCCAGGAUUCAUCAUGACAGACCAGUGAAGCCUUUGGAUGAGGCUGUGUUCUGGAUUGAGUUUGUUAUGCGUCAUAAAGGAGCUAAACACCUGCGUGUCGAGGCCCACAAUCUUACCUGGUACCAGUACCACUGUCUGGAUGUGUUCGCUUUUCUCAUCACUGUCCUGACUGUAGUCCUCUACGUCUUCUUUAAAUUGUGCAAAGUCUUCAUAAUGUGCUGCUGUUUUAGAUCAAAGAGGAAAACCAAAAAGAGUGAUUGAUUUAGUUUUGAAUGACCCAAAAAUGGAUACAGUUCAUAGAAUGCUGUACAGUUUGGUAAUGCCAGUUUUUUCCACAAAUGUCUGUGUGCAACGACAUACAGUUGAGGACAAAAUUAUUAGCCCCCUAUGAAAUAGUUUCAUUAUUUCAUUAAAAAUAAUUGCUGUUUAAUGGAGUGACGUUUUUUCAACACAGCAUUUCUAAACAUAAUACUUUAUUUAGGAAGCUUGGAGUGAUUGUAACACAAAAAGAAUAAAAAGUCUACAGGGCAAAAUGAUUAGCCCUCUCAUGUUAAUAGUCAGUGCUGUGUCCCUUUUUCUUGAUUACAGCCUUUAGUCGUUUGUUGUAGCUCUGUAGCACAAGUUUCAGGCAUUUCUUCUGAGGAGUUCCUCACAACAUUCAUACACUCCUCCCUCUUUAGAUGCUGCCCGUGUCUCUUCUUACUCCAAACACGGGCGACAUCUCUAUGGCCAAAGAGCUCUAGUUUCUAAAAUGCAGAAUUCUUCUCCAGGUUGUCCUUUAAACAUCAGUCUAGCGUGCUCUUUUCUUCAGAAGUGGAUUUUUUUUAUUGGCUGGUAAUCUCGCAGUCCAUUCCUGUCCAUGCAAUAAUUUUGUCUUCAACUGUAUGAAGAUAAUAUGUUGCAUAAACCUCAUCAGAACUUGGGACUGUUAUCGUAGUGCAAAAUUAUGAAUAUGCAGAAUACGCAGUUAUGUCAUGAAAAAUUGUCUGUCUCCAUGAAUGAGAUACAUAAGGUAUAGCAAAUGUAUAAAUAUGCACAUGAAUUCCGAUAUAUAUAUGAUAAAGAGUGUUUUUUAUAACAAAUAUUAAAGGGUAUGUGUAUGAA